CGGACUGUUUCCAUAAACAACGCUGUCUUCAGCGAGCAACCCUCACUUCUUCCUCAGUGGUCAGUUACCGAGUGAGUAUUUUUGUCCUUGAGCUCCCAUUGGACACAUUCAAUGUCAAUCUGAUGAGGAACGUUUUCAAGAAUGGAGCCGCAACGUAACAUCUGCGAACUGUGAAGGUGCGGUGUUGAUUUAGACAUAACAGUUUACAUUGAUAGGGAAUCGUGAAGAACUGGUCGUAGAAAUGUAUGGUUUUGUCAAUCACGCCUUGGAACUACUUGUAUUAAGAAAUUAUGGCGAAGACGUGUGGGAAGACAUCAAGAGGGAGGCGCAACUCGAUGUAGAGGGUCAGUUCCUUGUCAGAAUCAUAUAUGAAGAUGCCAAAACAUACGACCUUGUUGCUGCUGCAAGCAAAGUUCUCAAGAUUGAUGCAGGGUGUAUCCUACAGAUGUUUGGGAAGAUGUUUUUUGAGUUUUGCCAAGAAUCAGGGUAUGACACCAUCCUGCGUGUUUUAGGCUCCAAUGUCCGUGAAUUCUUGCAGAAUCUGGAUGCCCUCCACGACCACCUAGGUACCAUCUACCCUGGGAUGAGGGCUCCGUCCUUCCGCUGCACAGACGCGGAGAAGGGCAACAAUCUGAUCCUGCACUACUACUCGGAGAGGGAGGGGCUCCAGGACAUUGUGAUCGGCAUCAUCAAGACGGUGGCCCAACAGAUCCACGGCACAGAAAUAGAAAUGAAGGUGAUCCAGCACAAGAGUGAGGAGUGUGACCACAUCAAGUUCCUGAUCGAGGAGAAGGACUCAGAGGAGGAGGCCUUCUAUGAGGAUCUGGACGGCUUCGAGGAGAACAGCACGCAGGAGACCCGGAUCAGCCCCUACACCUUCUGCAAGGCCUUUCCCUUUCACCUCAUGUUCGACAGGGACCUGAUGCUUACGCAGUGCGGCAACGCUAUCUUCCGUGUGCUGCCGCAGCUCCAGCCGGGCAUCUGUAACCUGCCCUCCGUGUUCUCUCUGGUGCGUCCACACAUAGACUUCAGCUUCCAAGGCAUGCUCUCCCACAUCAACACUGUCUUCGUUCUGCGAAGCAAGGAGGGCCUCUUGAACGUGGAGACUUCAGAGAACGAGGAUGAGCUGACUGGUGCUGAGAUCAGCUGCCUGAGGCUGAAGGGACAGAUGAUCUACCUGCCCGAGGCGGAGAACAUCCUCUUCCUCUGUUCCCCCAGUGUGAUGAACCUGGACGACCUGACGCGGAGAGGCCUUUACCUGAGUGACAUCCCGCUGCACGAUGCCACACGUGACCUGGUGCUGCUGGGAGAACAGUUCCGUGAAGAGUACAAGCUGACCCAGGAACUGGAGAUCCUGACUGACCGUCUGCAGCACACCCUUCGGGCCCUGGAGGAUGAGAAGAAGAAGACAGACAGAUUGCUCUACUCAGUCCUGCCUCCGUCGGUGGCCAAUGAGUUGCGCCACAAGCGUCCAGUCCCGGCCAAACGCUACGACAAUGUGACCAUCCUCUUCAGCGGCAUUGUGGGAUUCAACGCCUUCUGCAGCAAACACGCGUCAGCCGAGGGUGCCAUCAAGAUAGUCAACCUGCUCAACGACGUCUACACCCGAUUUGACAUCCUGACCGACUCGAGAAAGAACCCCUACGUGUACAAGGUGGAGACAGUGGGUGAUAAGUACAUGACGGUCAGUGGGCUGCCAGAACCAUGUACCCACCACGCUCAGUCUAUCUGCCACCUGGCCCUGGACAUGAUGGAGAUUGCUGGACAGGUCAAAGUGGAUGAAGAGCCAGUACAGAUAACCAUUGGGAUCCACACAGGAGAGGUGGUAACUGGGGUCAUAGGUCAAAGGAUGCCCCGCUACUGCCUGUUUGGAAAUACUGUCAACCUCACCAGCCGUACAGAAACCACAGGAGAGAAGGGAAAAAUCAACAUUUCAGAAUAUACUUACAGGUGUUUGCAGUCAGCAGAGAAUGCUGACCCCCAGUUUCAUUUGGAGUACCGAGGACCCAUCACCAUGAAAGGCAAGAAGGAGCCCAUGAAUGUCUACUUUCUGUCGCGCAAAAGUACUGAAAGCAUAGUUUGAUCAUAAAAGCAUUCCCCUUUCCCUAGUGGGCAAAAUGCAUAAAGGUGUAAAUUUGGGGUUCUAAUUUGGUUUUAUGGGUUGAAGAGAUGUCAGAUAACCAAAUUAGAACCA